CGGCACACAACAAAGAAGACAAGGCAACAACAGCGACAACAACGACAACCCAUUCUCCGUCCCUCUGAACCCCGAUCGCAUCGCAUCGCAUCGCAUCACACCGCAUUUCCAUUUUCAUCCGCAUUCCGUUCCAACCAUGCUAAAGGGGAAACGCCGCAAGAGCGGGUCGUCCUUUGGUCCCGACGGGCGCCGGAUCGGCGGCGGCCUCGGCUCGGUAACGGGGUCGUCCUUCUCCCGGAAACGACCGCUCGGGGCAGGGGGCCUCGGCCGGCCCGGAUUCCAGAGGGGGAGCGCCCCUUCCCGCGGACCGGCCCCGGGAGCCCCCGCCCCGAUCGUCCCGGCCGCCACCUUUGGGAAGAAGCGGGGGACCGCUUCCGCGAUCCAGCGGGCCCCCAUCAUGUGCGGGCUGAACGUCGUGGUGGGGUCGGCGGGYCUCCUCAAGCCCUUCCGGCGGCCCAAGCUGGGCCGGCGGGCCUACAAGGGAAGGGAGGACGAGCUCCUWAGAAAGUCCUCCCUGGGGGCCCGGCGGAGCAUGGGGGGGAUGGAGCGYCUGAUGAGCCGUGCCGGAAAGGGACUCCACUUCCUYGGCAAGCGMCCGCGGGCCGGCGCCGACGGGAGCAGCACCGACGACUCGUCCGGAGACGAAGACGACAAGGAGGAAGACCGGCCCUUCGAGCCGCUGAUGGUGUGGAACAGCCCGUUCCAGGGCGGGGAAGCCAAGGGGCUGCCGCCCACUCUGUAAGUAGAGAACGGCUGCGGGCUUUCUCGGCUCGGCUCGACUCGGCGCAGCACCGGGGGAUUGCUUCCAGUUCGAUGCUCGAUCGGUCGGUCCGUUGGCUUGUUCGUUGCGCAAUGCCUCGCACGUUUCCUACAAUCUCACACAUUCGCUCUUGCUUCGUCGUUUGCCCUGGCUUGCAUUUUGCAAUUCGUUUCGAUCGACCCUUCUGUUUCUUCUCAUCCACAGAGUGACGGAGGUCCAAACGGACGAAUACGGAGUGGARGAAACCGUAACGAUUCUGAAACCCGAACCAAAGCAGCGGUACAGCCAACAAAACGUGUUUGUUCCUCCCAUUCUCGCCAAGUGGCUGCGACCGCACCAACGGGAAGGUGUCCGAUUCAUCUACGAAUGCGUAAUGGGAAUGAAGGACUACGGGGGACAGGGCUGCAUUCUUGCCGACGACAUGGGGCUCGGGAAGACCCUCCAAUCCGUCACGCUGAUCUAUACGCUYCUYAAGACAGGAAUCACGGCCGACAAGAAACCAACGGCGAAGCGGGUCGUCGUUGUCUGUCCUUGCUCGCUCGUCAAGAACUGGGACAACGAAUUCGUCAAGUGGCUGGGGCCCGGUGGGGUCAAGACCCUGGCCAUUGCCGAGGCGGAUCGGAAGAAGAUCGAGAAAGACCUGGAAACCUUCGCSAAGACCUCGAUUUUCCAGAUCCUCAUCUGUAGCUACGAGUGUCUCAGAACCCACGUGGGGCGACUGACCAAAUACCCCGGCUGUUGCGACCUUCUCGUGUGCGACGAGGCCCACCGCCUCAAGAACAGCGAGAACCAGACCAGCAGGGCCCUCAACUCGCUUCCCGUCAAGCGCCGCGUCCUGCUCACCGGAACCCCGAUGCAGAACGACCUGACGGAAUUCUUUGCCAUGACRGACUUUACCAACAGGGGCGUCCUCGGUACCCAGGAAGAAUUCCGCAAGAACAUUUUGUUCCCCAUUCUGAGGGGCCGCGAACCGGACGCGAGCCCACGCCAAAAACAGCGCAUGAUGGAGAUCCAGAACGAGAUGAGCUCCACCGUCAACGAGUUCAUUCUGCGACGCAUCAACACCGUCAACGCACAGCACCUCCCACCGAAACUGGUACAGGUSGUGUGUUGCAACCUGACGGAGAUCCAAAAAAACAUGUACUCGCACCUGGUACGUACUAGUGCGAAUUCCCAUACCGGGGUAGAAAUAGUUCCAUUGGAAACGAUUGUCGUUUUUUCUCUCUCUCGAAUACAUACUCAUUUGCAUAACUUUCUACCCUUCACUCACAUCCUUUUUUUGAUUAGGUUACAAGCAAGGCCAUGCAACACGUCAUGGACGGAAAACAAGUGAACUGUCUGGGGUCGAUUCAAAUGCUGAUGAAACUGUGCAACCACCCAAGCUUGGUGGCCGAAUACGACGAAACACACGGCCAAAAGCAGCAACAAAACGGCAGRCGCAGAGCCGCAGCCAAGCAGGUCAAAUACACCGACGGAGACGAACCUUCCUUUGCUGCUCCGGGAGCCGAUGGAAUCAGCAAGUUUUUGCCACUUUCCAGCGGCGGCGGAGGCCGUGGGAACCAGGGGCCGAUUCACCCCGAAUGGAGCGGGAAGAUGUUCGUGCUGUACAGGCUCAUGAGAGAGAUGCGCAAGCCCGGGAACGGUGGCGACAAAAUCGUGAUCAUUUCCAACUACACACAGACGCUGGAUUUGAUCGGGCGGAUGUGCCGCGAGAACUCGUGGGGAUUUUGCCGUCUGGACGGGAGCGUCACCAUGAAGAAGCGUCAAAAGAUGGUAGACGAAUUCAACGACCCCACCAGCUCUUUGGUCKCCUUCCUUCUCUCGAGCAAAGCAGGCGGAUGUGGUUUGAAUCUCAUUGGGGGCAAUCGGUUGGUGUUGUUUGAUCCCGAUUGGUAAGUAAUCACUCUAGCCGCGAUUCCUUUUUGAAGGGAGGUCGCAACAUGCUCUUAGCUCACAAAUGCACCUCGACGCUCUGUGUUUCUGCUUACAAMYUCUAGGAACCCUGCCGUGGACAAACAAGCAGCUGCCCGGUGCUGGCGUGACGGACAAAAGAAGCGAUGCUUCACGUAUCGAUUUCUCGCRACCGGUACCGUCGAGGAAAAAAUAUUUCAGCGCCAGCUGUCAAAGGAGGGACUUCAAUCCGUGGUCGAUGACAAGGAACAAGUCAACGCCCUGAGCACCAAAGAUUUGCGCAAUCUCUUCAAACUGAGAUCCGAUACGCCAUCCGAUACGCACGACAAACUCAAGUGCGAGCGCUGUAAAAUCAUUCACGACGACGCAGAAAUGAAGGAAAAGAAGGUUCUCCCAAAGAAGCUUGCUGCCUGCCUCGAGCUGGUGAACAAAAUGAUGGAACACGAGGAUGCCCACUACUUUUUGAAYCCUCUYGAUCCCCAGGACCACAAAGUGACCAAGGAACACUACGAGAAGGAGGUAAAGCAACCCAUCGAUCUUGGAAGCAUUCAGAAACGCCUGAUGGUUCCCGAAGAACAAAAUGGCAAGGGCAUACAGUCGUACAAAAGUGUCUCAAAUGUCUCGAAAGACGUCAACCGUAUAUUUUCAAAUGUGAUGAAAGUUUGGUCUCCCGGGGACGACCCGAUUGCCGACGCCGCAGGGAGGCUCCACAGCUGGUGGGUGGGACAAUGGCAAGAACUCGUUCCCGURUUGAUGACAAUGACGCCCGAUCCCGAAAAACGAGAAGACGGUGUCGACGAAGAAAUCUCCAYCGACUUGAUGGAAGGAUGCUCCCAUUUGAAAAACGAGCGAGGGGACGAUUACCAGGAGCAGAUUGGCAUGCCCGACGAAGAAAACAUGCGAUCGUGGUCCCACCACCACACGACCGAUACCGUCGACGAUCCGAUUUUCCGCGCUGCAAUGCGGGGUUACGAUUCCGUGAGCUUCGUGUUUGGUUUGGAAGUUACGUGGGGAAAGAUCCAACAGCGCCAGCAGGAAGAAGAGGACCGUGCCGCCAUGAAAGAACUAGAAGAGAUGGAAGAACUCCAGAAGGCAGAAGAGGAAUCGGGGGACGAAAGCAAAGCAGCCCAGAUGUCAGACGAUGCGAAGGAUGCUGGUGUAGGGGAAGUUGAUGAUCUGAUGGCUGUCGAGAAUGCAGAGGGGACAACUUCGAUGGACAACAACGAUGAAUUGGUAGAAGCGACCAAAGAAGAUAUGGCUGCAUCCGUUGGUGAUUCUCCGCAAAUGGACCGAGAUGGCAACAGCGGAACCCCGGAGGCUCAAAUCAUUGAGUCACCUGGCAGUGAUGUUUCUAACAGCAGCACAAGCGUAGAAUUCCUAUCCAUGUGUAGCGACGAGAAUGAUGGUCCCCGACAACGCACAUCUCCGCGGCAGAAGGGUACUUGGACGUGCCGGAAGUGCACGAUGGAAAACAAAAUGUCAAGACGAAAGUGUGAAGCAUGCUUGUCCAAUCGCCCCAGGAAGCUAUCGUGAAUGCGAUCGAUCACUUGCGACGAACGAAUAUAACAAGAAUCGAUCGAGGCCAAAAGGAUGGUUGACGGAGCCACUGUUUUAUCUAGAAGUAUCAUAUGUUUUUGAAAAYACGGCAAGGCUAUAGUUGAUUAUUAGAAUCCAAUGAUUAUUUUAUCUCUAGAAAAAUGUCCGAACAAACUUGAGUUGCUCCGAAAAUGGUUUCGGCGAUUCGAUAUUAUAGUACCCAAUCAGCUCAAAAAUAGCUCAUUGAGUUGCGCCAUGGUAUCUUCGGGCGACGUGACAGUGUGUCCGAUGGUCCGUUCACUCGUGAAAAUCUCAAAGUCGUUUCCUCCCUCGAAGGUUUUGUCACCAAAGAAGUGGAUCUCGUCAAAGUCCUCGGCCUUCAGGUACUGCAAGCAAUAGGUUUUGUCCCAUCCGGUUGGGAAGACAUCGAAGCUGAUUUGUCCUCCGAUGCUGUAGGUCAUAUCGAGGUCGGAAAACUCCUUCUUCAUGGCUUCGACCAUGUUCUUGCGAAUGUUGUUUGCCAAGUCGAAAACCUCGUAAUCGUUUCGUUCCUCCCGGGAGCAGUUGCGCCCGAUGGGCGAAAUAUUUAGCAUGCCGCUUCGGAAUUCGAYAAAAGUUCCUCUCUGAAAAUUUGAAUCGCAUCGAGACACGCAAUGGAUCGGGCACGGGUGAUUGUCAGUGGACAACAAUCGCUACGCGAGAUGAAAUUUUUCGGUCGGUGUUUMGUGAUUCCUUACCUUGACGGGGAGAUCCAGUUCGGCCAGGUACUUCAUGACCCAAUUCACGAUGCGCUUGAUGUUGUCUUCUCCCAGGUGCUUGGAGAUCGAGUUCGAUUCCAGGAGUUCGCCGUUGUUGUAGGCAACCAAGCCGUUUUGGCUAAAGUUCCAAACCACUUCGUCGACGAUGCCUUCGCCGAGCUGUUCCUGUUGCUUCGGAAGAUCCGAUCCACCAACGAUGCCGACCGUGAUUUUCUUGCGGAGUUCCUUCAAGACAUCCAUCAUGUCUUCCUUGACUUCCCCUCGGGGAACCGUCAGUGUGCCAUCGACGUCGAAGAGAGCGAUGAUGCGAGGGUUUUCGGGAGCUGGGAGAACCAUUUUGAUUUAUUUUUAUAUAUUACAAGCUUUAAAA